UAGAUCUUUGUUCAAGAAACUGUUGGAUCUCGUUCUCGAAAGAAAUCAAUUAACCAUGAAACUCUUCACAAUAUUAACAAUUUUGGCAGUAACUGCAAACAUCGCUUCCGCUUUAAGAGCAUUUGCAGUGAUAAAGAAUAUGUUGGACUGCCAUGAACGCUUGGGAAUCAAUGAGGAGGACUUAAUGGUUGUUCAAGAUUUGUCUGAAAUCAAAGGCGCUUCGGAAUACACGCCCGGUCAACAAUGCUCCAUAUAUUGUCAAUCUGAAGCUUACGGAUUUACGCGACGCGGUCAAUUAAAAAAAUGGUUUAUGCGUAAACAGCCUAGAAUUGCGAAAAAAUACAAUUUGGAAAAGAUAUUUCAAAAUUGCAAACGAUAUGCAACAGACACAUGUGAUGGACCUAUCCAUUUGGCACAAUGCGCUCAGCAGUACCCCCUGCAUGCAGGAGAGCAUAACCUAUAAAUUGAUGUAAAUUUUUGAAAUAAAUACAAAAAAGGCUUGAGCUGGUUUUUCAAAAAAUUUCGAAACGUUUAUCAUGGAGCUAUCGGCAAGAAGUCAAACAAUUUUUUUUUUUUUUUUUUUUUUUUUUUGGUGCGCAGAUCACCACUCAAGUCAAUUAGUCAGUCAAUUUUUCUACGUUAGUUGCAUCCGAAGAUAAAUUAACGAAACACACACACUCAACUUAUUAAACGAUUUUAAAAUCCGCCUGAGUAGCCUGAGUAAGUAAAGGAUUCCGACUGACGACUUAAUGAUCGUGGAUUCAAAUCUCUCUUUAUAAUCAAAAAUACUCUUCAAUGUUUUGAAUAAUUUAUCACAUAACAUGUAGGAGAGUUACAUUCACCCCCAUUAAAAUCAUUGCGGCACCAAACUUUUAUUUACUGCCACGAAAAGGUGAUAAAGAGAAAAAAUUUAUCUUUCACUUUUACUCCACUAAGUGCUAUUGCGAAGAAAAACUAAUCUGCCACGUCGUGACGUCCACCAUAAUUAAUUUGGAAUUAACACUCUCCAAGUGCUUCUAUCAAUAUCAUCGGCGUUAUUAAGGAAAAAUUGACCCACCAGAUCGUUGUGUCCAUCAUAUUUCAUCAUGUUCUAUUUUGAACAUUCCGUUGUGUCUGCCUUACGAUAAUUAAGCACAAAAGUGAAAAAAAAGAAAAUUGAAUCAAUUAACUUCGUGUGGGCAUGGCAUUUCUCCCAUUAUUGUACAUAGAUAGUAGUGGGUUACAUAGAGUAAAUGUUGAAAAUUUUAGCCUUCUAUCUUUUAUAAUUUGUGAGUAAUGAGAACAGACCGCACAAAUUUUUGUUUGUAGCUGCGCGCUUUUGCUCUGACUAGGUUCGCCUAUUGUCAAUGCCAACUUGCGCGCAAAGAAUUCUAGUGUUUCUACCAAAUUUAAAGUCGAUGUCUUCAUCUUCUGAGUCUAGACGAGUCCAAACAACACACGUCACACAGACACACAGAAGGAUCGACAUGGUUUAUUCAAUUGAGAAUUCCAUGCUGCUCAAGACUAUAUACACUCUAUAUGGUCUCUGAAGCUUCCUUUUGACUGUUGCCAACAUUAUGACAAAGUGAGUGUAGCCCCUAUCUCAUAUCCCUAUACUUUUCAGUGGUCGGAUUAAUUGUCAUUAUAAAGUAUUAUUAUUAAUUGAUUAGCUAAAUCAAACUGAACCAAAUACUCAUAAGUACGGUCGGCAACAGAUUUUCAUGAGAGCUUGACGCUGCGCAACUAAACACUGAUCAGAACAUGGUUUUGAACUGGUUGCGUAAGACUAAACACGAAGAAAAUUUUGACAUUUGAAUAUCAUAAGAAUUAGCAGCGGAAAGUUUAAUGGACUUUUUCAUAGCCGUUGCUGUUGCAAAACCAAGUCCAGUCCUUUUGAAAAUACCGAUAUCGGGCGAUGAAAAAAGGAUCGCCUCUCCGAUAAUGCUGUGAACGGUAUGGAUCACUAUGUAGCAAAGGCCAAAUUAAUGUGAUUAUGGAAUGUGGGAUCGUAAAUGAUGAGGUGUUCGAACCUAGCUUGAGGAUUGACUUCACUUUCUACUCUUAAUAAUAGAGAGUAAUUGACGUGACACUAGCAUUCUCAAUGACUCGACAAAAAAAAUUGAAAUUUUAUUGGGAUGUCUUAAUGCAAUGCCGCGGAACAACACGCACUAUUUAACAAAUAUUUGUUUUGCUUUCCGCAGAACUCUCUUAACGAUGCAAAGCAAA